UUUUAUCCUUCACUUCAGUUCUUUUUUUCUUUUCUAUUUUUUUUGUGUCUUUUUUUAGGGAUAAGAAAUCUCUCCUUCUUCACUUCUCCACUUAGCAAUGGCAGCAACAACGAUAACAUCAUCAGCUCUCUCCUCACUCUCUCUGCACACUACAAGUACUCCUCGCUUUUCUCUUCUAAAACCCAUUAUCAACAAACCCUUCUCUUCCUUCUCUCCCAGAUUAACCCAAUUCCUCUCUCUCUCUUCACAACCCAUCACAAUUACGACAGCCAGUUCAAGUGACAUUGACACUACAUUCUUUGACAAUCUCAACCCAGAAGACGACAUCGUCUUUGACCCACCAACCCCACCUGAAGACUUCGUUCCUCCACCUUCUUUCGAUGAAGAACCCAUGGAAACUGAAGAAGAAAUUGCAGCUGCUUAUGAGGAUCUGUACGGAGCCGGAUAUAGCGGAGUUAGUUAUUUGGGUAACGAUGUCUACGUAAUGGAUUCCAAAGUGAAGAAAACAACUGGGUUUGGGUCAAAAGGGAAAAGAGAGAAAAUUAGAGAUGGAUUUGAAGAGAGAGUGGUUCAAGUGAGAAGAGUAACUAAGGUUGUUAAAGGAGGGAAACAGUUACAUUUUAGAGCAAUUGUCGUUGUUGGUGAUAAGCAAGGCCAAGUUGGUGUUGGUGUUGGUAAAGCUAAGGAAGUUAUUGCCGCUGUUCAGAAAUCUGCUGUUAAUGCUAGAAGGAACAUUAUUACUGUACCUAUGACUAAGUACUUGACUUUUCCACACAGAUCUGAUGGAGAUUAUGGGGCAGCAAAGGUGAUGCUUAGACCUGCCUCACCUGGUACUGGAGUGAUUGCUGGAGGUGCUGUGAGGAUUGUUCUAGAGAUGGCUGGUGUGGAGAAUGCUUUGGGAAAGCAAAUUGGGAGUAAGAAUGCCCUCAACAAUGCCAGAGCUACUGUCGUUGCUGUGCAGAAAAUGAGGCAAUUCAGUGAUGUUGCUCGUGAGCGUGGGAUCCCAAUGGAAGAACUAUGGAAGUGAGGGAUGUAGGAUAGGCUUUUCUAUUUGCUAUGCUCUAUUUUUUUAUUUUUCUUUUCUCAGAUGAAUUCCUGUUUAUCAUGUCAAAAGAAAAUUGCCGCUCUUAUUUUGCGUUGGCAUUUAAAAAAAUGGAUAUGCUGAUCGACCUAA